GAGGGGGGGGUGUACGCGCUGCUGUUUAUGGCCGCGGUCGCGCGGCGGUGCAUCGUUCGUUGCUGUUCGGCCGUGGCCUCGGCUCCGGGGAUGGGCACCGCCGUGGGCCUGAACCUGAACUUCGACAACCUGGCGCUGCGCUCGCUGCCCGUGGACAGCUCGGGGGAGCGCUCCUGCCGCCGGGUGCCGGGCGCCUGCUUCUCUCUGGCCGGCGCCACCCCUGUGGACAAUCCGCGGCUCGUGGCCUCCUCCCGCACCGCCCUGGAGCUGCUGGAGCUGCCGCCGCUGCCCGAGGCCCUGCUCGCCGACCACUUCAGCGGCAACGCGCCCCCCGCCGGCUCCCGCAGCGCCGCCCACUGCUACUGCGGACACCAGUUCGGCAGCUUCGCGGGGCAGCUCGGGGACGGCGCCGCCCUGUACCUCGGGGAGGUGGUCAACUCCCGGGGUCAGCGCUGGGAGCUGCAGCUCAAAGGGGCCGGACCCACCCCCUACUCCAGACAAUCGGAUGGCCGGAAAGUGCUUCGUUCCAGCAUAAGAGAAUUCCUGUGCAGUGAGGCAAUGUUCCACCUUGGAAUUCCCACAACACGGGCGGGAACGUGCGUAACAUCGGAUACCAAAGUUUUGCGGGACGUAUUUUAUGAUGGAAAUUCAAAGCACGAAAACUGCACCAUUAUUCUUCGUAUUGCGCCUACGUUUCUAAGAUUUGGAUCCUUUGAGAUCUUAAAGCCUGAAGAUGAGCUUACAGGCCGUCAGGGUCCCAGCAGUAACAGGAACGAUAUUCGGAUUCAAAUGCUCGACUACGUUAUUGGCACAUUCUAUCCAGAAACACAACAAGCCCACCCCGAGAACCAAGUGCAGAGAAAUGCUGCUUUCUUCAGAGAAGUAACCCAGAGGACAGCCAGGCUGGUUGCUGAAUGGCAGUGUGUUGGGUUUUGUCACGGUGUGUUAAAUACAGACAACAUGAGCAUCAUGGGGCUCACCAUAGACUAUGGGCCAUUUGGCUUCAUGGACAGGUUUGACCCCAGUUAUAUAUGCAAUGCCUCUGAUAAUAGAGGCCGCUAUGCAUACAACCAGCAGCCUGAAAUCUGCAAGUGGAACCUGGGCAAGCUAGCGGAGGUCUUGGUCCCUGAGCUGCCCUUGAAGGACAGUCAGUCCAUCAUUGAUGAGGAGUAUGACACAGAAUUCCAGAGGCAUUAUCUGCAGAAGAUGAGGAAGAAGUUGGGACUUCUUCAGUGUGAGCAAGAAGAUGAUGACAAAUUAGUUUCUGAGCUAUUGGAUAUCAUGUAUAGAACAGGUGCUGAUUUUACAAAUGUCUUCCGUGUACUUAGUGGUUUCCCAAUACCUGGAGUUUCUGCCUCUUUCACACUGUCAGACUUCCUUGAAAAGUUAAUUGAACAAUCUUCAUCACUGGAAGAACUAAAGCUGGCUUUCACACCACGUAUGGAUCCACGACAGCUUUCCAUACUGCUGAUGCUGUCCCAGUCUAAUCCACAACUUUUUGAAGUGAUUGGGAGCAAAGAAGGCAUUGCUAAGGAGCUAGAUCUCAUCGAGCGCUCCUCUAAGCUGCAGCAAGCAACUGCAGAAGACAUCCACAGCAACAAUGCAAAAGUGUGGACUGAAUGGCUACAGAAGUACAGCUCUCGAUUGGCGACUGAAGCUGAAGGUGUCGACGAUGUUGAUGAACAAAAUGCUGAGCGUGUAAAGGUUAUGAACUUGAACAAUCCCAAGUUUAUUUUACGAAAUUACAUUGCGCAGAAUGCAAUCGAGGCUGCAGAGAAGGGGGACUUUUCAGAGGUUAGACGGGUUCUAACUCUCUUGGAGAGUCCGUACAGUGAGGACAGCUGCCUGGAAGAGGAGACUUUACAAGAUGCAGCGGCUACCGUGCAGGUCUCCGCUUCGUGUGAUCUGCUCACAAGGACUAGAGUACCUUACAACAGCAAACCACCCCCCUCGGCUGGGAAACUUUUAGUUACCUGAUCUUCAUAAAGGCCUCGUUUUAUUUUCUGGUUACUUCAUAACUGAAGGAAAUUGUUUUCUUCAGUUGUGGAGAAGUCAGACGAGGCCUGUACUAAGUCUACUUUUUCAUUAACAGACAUCUAUUUUGGACAAGUUUUACCUGAAGAUAUUUUAAAGUCUCCAUCAUUAUUUUCAUUGGGUCACAGUGGCGUGUUUGGCUGUAUUGGCUGAAACUCACAUGUGACUGGGGAAGAAUUGUUAUCAAAGGAAGAAGCUACAUAGAUUUCAGAUGAAUGUAUUAAAUAGAAAAGAAACACAGAUAAUAUCGAGUGUUUUGGGGAGAUGCAAAAAGUAAAGAAUUCUGCUGGUUUUCCCACUCUUGAUUUCACUGUUAACCAUGCAAGCUAAAGCCCUAAAGGGUAGCGUAGUCCUAACUGGACAAGCAGUGGGACAGCUUGCCUGACACCAAUAUCAAUGCCAAGCUUCAGGGAGAGAGAGAGCACAUUCCAACAAUCCAUCUGGGAUUUCCAUCGAGGUGAGAUGCUUGGACUUCUCAGCUUGGUUUGGAUACUCUGGUGAUAGGUUUUUGCAUUUGUAUCAGACACCUGACACAGAAAUUAACUUUGUAAAUUGGAAAGCAGUAAGUAUGAGUGGUAUAACAUUGAGUCAAGAUGUAAUGCAUUUUUAAUGUAGGUGAAACCAUAAAGGCCACUUUGCUUCUGCUGCAAAGUUAGGUAGAUUUUUUUAUUCGCUUUAUUGUCUUAUUUUUAAAUGGUUUGCACAAUAAUGAAGCUGCACACUUUGUAAAUGGGUUUUAGAACAUUUACCCACUAGAAACUGGUAACACUCAAUAUGUGAAAUUGUCCCGAUGAUGUCUGUUACUAUGAAUACAAAAAUAUAAACUCUGACAUUGAGCUAUUUUUGUAUGAUAAUGAAACUGUAGAACUUAAACACAAACUACCCUUAGGGUUUGAAAUGUUAAACGCACAACUAUUUGCUAUUUUCAUUUUGACUAUUUUCUUGAAAAAUAUUUAUACCUUUAUUCCUUAAGGUCAAAUAUGUAUUGUCAAAAGGCUGCACUUAAAUCUAUCAGAUAUUUUUAAAUUGUGUACAAAUUGAACAGUAAAUCAUGUAAAUGUUAUCUCGCUGUAAUAAAAGAAUCACUAACUGAAA